CUCACGCAAUACUUUCCAGGGUUCAGAGGUCACGCCGUGGGCUGUGGCAAACCGGCUGAGGCAGCCUCUGGCCACAGGAGUCCGAGCUCGCUCUCCUUCGCCCCACCGCCACCCGGAGACCGCACCCAGCGCCCUUCCGUGAGCUUCCCAGCUUCUUCUCCCGGAGGAGCUCCGUCCGAGACUUCCUUGAGAAAGCCAUCAUCAUGCCCCACCUCCGAGCUCACGAAGUCCAGCAGCUGCUGCAUAACAAGUUCGUCGUCAUUCUGGGGGACUCCAUCCAGCGCGCCGUGUACAAGGACCUGGUGCUCCUGCUCCAGAAGGACUGCCUGCUGUCUUCCAGCCAGCUGAAGAGCAAGGGUGAGCUGAGCUUCGAACACGACGUGCUCCUGGAGGGCGGGAGGUGGGGACCCAUGCACAACGGGACCCACUACCGCGAGGUGCGCCAGUUCUGCUCGGGCCACCAUCUGGUGCGCUUCUACUUCCUCACGCGCGUCUACUCGCCUUACGUCGAGGACAUCCUGCAGCAGCUGCGUUGGGGCGACUACGCCCCGGACCUGGUAGUCAUGAACUCGUGCCUCUGGGACCUGUCCAGGUACGGGCACAACUUCCGCAGGAGCUACCGAGAGGACCUGGAGAGGCUGUUCCGACGGCUGGAUCAGGUGCUGCCAGCCUCCUGCCUCCUGGUGUGGAAUACCACCAUGCCCGUGGCCGAGGUCAUAUCCGGGGGCUUCGUGCUGCCUGAUGCGCCCCCCUGCCCAUCACGCAUGCGGGAAGAUGUGAUCGAGGCCAACUUCUACAGCUCGGCCGAGGCGGUGAGGCGUGGCUUCGACGUGCUCGACCUCCAUUUCCACUUCCGCCACGCGGGGCAGCACCGGCUGAGUGACGGCGUGCACUGGGACGAGCGUGCCCACCGCUACCUCACGCAGCUGCUGCUGGCGCACGUGGCCGACGCCUGGGGCGUGGUCCUCCCCGCGCACAACUCCGUGGGCAGGUGGAUCAGGGACGUGCCAGCCGAAGGACAGCCAGACCGGGCAGACAGAAGGGCAGAGAGAAGGCAGCCUCGAGACCACCGUAGAUGGGAGCAGCGCGAACCCCCCGUGUCCCGGCGUUCUUCCUCUCCCAGGUACCACCGCCACCGCCACAGCUCCUGGAGAGCAUCCUCUCACACCGGAUACCUGCUGAGCCGCAGAGACGACCCCAGGCCCUCUCCAUCCUCCCAGCAGCGGCCGUUCCACAGAGAUUCCCGGAGGCACAGGUAUGGGUGUGGCAGGGAAAGCGACUCUGCAGAUCGUGAACCGAGGCCCGGCCCCAUCCGCAGAAUCUAUACCCAUCACCAAAACAGAGAGUCUUCCCCUUACCCUUCCCGACACCACAGAGAGCCACACAGAUCCCAUCGAAGGCACAGCCAUCGACGGACCUAAGCACAUGCAGAGAGGCAAGGUCUCCAAAGCUAGACCCAGGUUUGUCUGCCAGCAGGGGCCUUAAAGCUACCUGAUUCUGUAACAUGGCCUUCAACAUCCUUUACCUGAAGGCAAUUUAGUUUUCUUGGCCAUUUCUUGCUUCUUGAGGAGGAAGCCCAGAUCUGGAAUACCUCACCAUGCACUUACACCUGUUAGCAUUUGUUUGGAACUAGUCCGCAUGAAAAAGCACCCCUCUCAUUAGAAAGAGAGAAGGCAUAGACAUGGAUUAAAUCUCAAAGCACUAAUCUCUGUUGACAUUUUUCCUUGAGCAAAAGUAAAGAUGUUGAUUCAAAACUCCAUGGACUUCAUCCUUACCAUUGGUUCCAGCGUGUGUUAAUAGAACUUGAUCUCCAGACAUUCACAGUAAGUUGUAUUGGAGAUUCUGUGGUUGCAUCUGUCAGUUUGAAAAAUAGCACUGUCCUUUAAAAAUUAAUGUAUAUAUGAGAUCUGUUUGCUAAAAUAUUAUAUAAUCUCUUUUUUAAGUUCAUCAAAUGCCUAACAUCUUUUGUUCUGUAGUUUUCUUUCUCAAAAGUUCCAUACAUUCAUAGGAAUGUAUUUUGGAGACUGUAUUCUUCUGCGUCCCCUAUUGCCCACUCAUUCUCCUCCCCAUUCAACAACUUUCCCCCAAAUAGUCCCACGCCUACAUUCCUGUCGUUCUGUUUUAUUUUGUUUGUGAUGUUUGCUUGCUUACAGCAGGUGUUCUAGGACAGUUUUGGGUUUUCCAUAAACUGGCAUGGGAAAUACAGAGAGGUUUCAGGCAAACUCUGUGAAUCCACGUAGCCAGCCUCUCCAUUGCCAUCGUCACACCCCACAUGGCCGUCUCUUGUAAUUGGUGAAUUUAUGUCACGAAGUCAUUAUCGCUCCAACUCUGUCCGCUUUAGCGUUUGGUCUUGGUCAUGUGCAGCCCUUAGGUCUGGGCAAAUAUUUCCUGUGUCCACUAUGAUAAUCACUGUCUUUAAAAAAAUAAAUCAUUUCACUCUAUCUUAUCAUUCCUUCUUCCAAAUCUCUGGGAACCAAGGAUCCACAACUGUUUCCAUAAUUAUGUACAUAGACUGUUUCAUCGAUUCAUACGGGAUAUAACCUUUCUGGUUGGCAUAUUUGACAUAGUAAUGUGUAUGUAUGUUUCCCACAUGUCUUUU